GAUACACUAUGUAAGUGGAUAUUUAUAGAAUACGACAUAAUACAUUAUUAUGAUAGAUCUCGAUAUGAAAAACUAAAAUUACAAGUUUGUGGUGCAAGACUUAAUAUUUAACCAGAAAGUGUUCAGCACUGCGGUAGGCCUGCUGAAGUGAAGUUUUUUUUAGCAGGCAUUUAAUUUUUAAGCCUAAGUGAUCUGCAAUUGUCGGAUUGAUUAGUCAGCACUAUCUAUAUUAUAUAGACCUAGUGUUACACCGAGUAUUGAUCUACGAAGAAGUCUGGACACAUCCCGAACACAGUCUGAAUGUGUUAUGGCUGUAGCUCUAGCCACAACUUGUUCGAGUUUUAACUUUGUCGAAAAUCUUCAAGACUGGCCCGAUUUAAGACAAGCUUGUUCUCAGCACGGAAAUAAAUCUAAAUCUAACGCUCUGUCAGUAGACAAUACAUUGUCAUCGUCCAUUCACCGUCACAAACUCUCCAAAGUAUUGCAUGAAUUUGAGUAUUUGAGUUCCAAAAUCUCUAUUCCAGAGUCAGGUAAUAAAGUAGAAAUAAUACAACAAUAUGUCGUUGCUGCUGCAGAAGAAACACUGCUGUCUUCAACUUCGUCUGGUGUAGAGAUUAACAACAAUAGCCAAAGCAAAGACUCUCACACAAAGCUCAAUGAUUUAGAUCUAAAUCAAACCUGCUUAGAUAGCCACGGAGAUGAUUCUCCUAAUGAGUUACAAACUGCAACAGAGCUUUCCUCAGAGAGAUGCAAAACUAAUAAAUCAAAGUUGAAAUCUAGAAAGAGAAUCACCAAGAUUCGAGUUAAGUCAACGAAACGCUGGAGAAGUUUGGACCUCAAUGAAUUUGGAUUUCACAUUUCUCGGAUACCUAAGGUCUUUAGUUCUAAUGAGAAGAUGGACAACACGCUGGGUGGCGUAACGGGACUGUCCACUUGUUGUUUGGAUAAUUCUGAAAGUAUUGAGAAUUCUCAAAACAGUAACGAUAUGGAGAAUUCCCCACCUAGUUUUCAACAGGACAAUGUAACCAAAGAAAAUAUGGACGAUGUUUUCUUUUUCAGGUGUCUAGGAGUUGACGUCAUGACUGAACCAGACGACAUCGACUCCUCCAAAACCUCAAACCAAAGUCCCAACAUGCUGCAUCAUUCCAGAACAAAGGCCCAAACUAUGUGCAAUAGUGAAGGCAAUCAACAGCUGGAAGACUCGUACUACCCGCCGGUUAACUUUACGUCAUACAAGGGAAAGUGUAACAAAUUCAGGCUGUAUGAUCUAGAAUGUUCUUCAUCUUCCAAAGUUUAUAUUAGGCCUGAUAAACAUCGUCGCAUUGAAAAAGCCCACAAAGCGGUGAAAUCAAAGAACAGUAAGUCGUUAUUCAACAACCAAGGUCGUAAAACUUUGUACAUGCAUCACCGCCUGGUCAAAUUGUACAAUCUGGAUCUAGACUUUCGACAUGCGGCCAAGUCUCAACGUGUGCCAGCCAUGCCGAAACGGGUCAUCGAUGUCCGCGUGGCUUCUCAGGUCAACAGAGCUCUGGCCAGCGGAAUCAUAUCCCACACUGACCAUGCAGCACCUGUCCAGAACUUAAAGCACGCUUUGCACGAGACCAACGCGCCCAAUCACAUGGACAUGGACCUAGCAACCUUCUUGAUUACACUGCAGCACCGUGACCUGACCCCAGAGGACUACGACAUGUUGUUACGUCUAGAUGACUCGGUCAAGCCAAAGACAAUCCCUAAAACCAUAUUGAGUCAACUCAGGACGGAGAUGAUAGGGCCCAGUGGUCUGGAGCCUGACGAUGAGACACUUGUCUUGUGUUCUGUUUGCAUGGAACCAUACAUUGCGGGCCAAGAAAGGAAAUUUCUACCGUGUUCACAUUACUUUCAUUCAGUUUGUAUUGAUGCCUGGCUGAACAAUUCCAGUAUGAACUGUCCUUUAGAUGGAUUACCAGUUGAAUCGUGAUGAUAUAUUUAUUUAUGUUUGUUAGUUAUAUAUCCCUCUUUUUUUUUUGUAACUUAUUGUAAUCAAGUUUCUACAUUCAAAGUCCACGAACUUUUCAUUUUUCUUUCAUAAUUAUUCUAAACAUUUUGUUACUGUAGAGAUAUUUUAAUUGAUAAAUCUUUUCUCGUGUCCUGGCUGUAAUUACAUGCUUUGGCACACCAACACCACAAGUUAAGCUACUAGCUAACACCAUGAACAGUUCUUAUAAUCGAGUUGUUCACAUUUGUGCUCAACCAGGAAACAACAUGUCUUAUUCAGAUAUAACCCUUCAUCUUUUCCAUGUGUGUAGAUAUUGUACAACUUAUCGUUGACCAUUGGUAGAUGUACUGGUACUCAAGCAUUUUGAACAAAAAUCUCCACACCCCAAAUAAAGAAAUGUUUGCUAUCAGUUUUGCUUUAUUAAUACUAGGAAUAUUAAUUACAUACAAAUAAUAUCACAAGCUCCCUUUCAGACCUUAUGAGACUGACGAGCUCAUGUUUCUGUAUGGGGCAGAUGAUGUUGAGCUCAUGUUUCUGUAUGGGGCAGAUGAUGUUAAGCUCAUGUUUCUAUGUGUUAUACGAUACUAAACGUUUCAGUAUGGUAAGGCAAAUGAUAUUAAGCUCAUUCUGUUUCUAUAGCUGAUGGUUAGUGAGAAUGUAGCCUGCACAACUAGCUUUAUUUUCCCCACCUAAUGAAAGAUAGCCAUUAAUGUGGUGGACAAAAAUCCAAACAUUUGGAAUUAGAAAUCAUGACUCAGUCUAUGGAACAGUAGCUAUUGCGUCAGAACAUACUCGCGCAAUGAAGCAAUAGUGAAUGUGCCUUAAAAUAAAUGGGCCAUUGUGUUCUCAAGUGGAAUUUUUUUAUUUUUCUCAGUUGAAUUUUUUAAUCUAAAUAUGCUGCUUAAUUUUUGUUGAUCAUUUGUCAAUGACCAGUUGUUAAUAAAAUGUUUUAUUUUAAAUCA